UCCGUUACUGGACUUUUAUUAUGAAGUGUCAUCGAUCGUGUCGUCAUGUAUGAAAGCAUGCUUUGCCUCUGACACCGGCUUUACACUUAGCGCUGUAUGUUUUUCUUUAGGUUAAAACGUUUAAAUGGUUGUUUUUACUCAUCGUUGAGUGAAAGUGUGGUCAUGUGUAAAGAGUUGAAGAGUCGAGUCCUGCGACUGACAGAUGAGCUGACGACACAGAGUCACGAUAUGUCCGAAGUGUUGCAGUCUACAGUGACGGCUCUGAAGUCAGGUCUGGUCGUGGCGGUACCCACAGACACUAUCUACGGUCUGGCCUGCAUGGCUCAAAACUCAGAGGCUAUCCGGAGAGUUUAUGAUAUCAAAGGCAGGAACGGAGACAAACCUUUAGCCAUCUGUGUGGGAGACGUACAAGACAUCUACAGAUUCUGUAAGGUCUCGGUGAAAGAAGAACUGCUUACAGAUCUGCUGCCUGGUCCUGUUACACUUGUUCUGGAGAGAUCUGCAGCACUCAACACUGAUCUCAAUCCUUUCACUAAGCUCAUAGGGGUUCGUAUUCCAGAUCACUCUUUUAUGAGACGCCUCUGUCAGAUGUGCGGCGAGCCACUCGCUCUCACCAGUGCUAACAUCAGCUCACACACCAGCACUGUUACUGUACACGAGUUUCAGGAUUUGUGGCCCAGUCUGGCAGCUGUGGUGGACGGUGGCCCAGUUGGAGACAAAAGUCGUUUGGGCUCUACAGUCGUGGAUCUGUCUGUGUGUGGCAGAUACCGAAUAAUCAGACCUGGCUGUGCACUCUCUGCUACGAUUAAGAUACUCGAGGGCAAGUAUGGAUUGCUGGAGGACUCCAAUCUAUGAUUUCAUGUCCAAGCCAACAUACUGCAUACUGAGACCAGCAGAUGAGCGUAAAGUGUGUGGAAAUCAGCUGUAUCUCACUCAUGCCUUGUCUGUAUGAAUGAUGAAAGUUUUAGGGUUUAUUUAUUUUAUCAUGUAAGGGGAAGUUAUUUCGUAAGAUGGUGACUAGUUUAAGUACUUGAACUUAGAUUUUUUUUCUAUACAAACUGGAUUUUAUUUAUUUGACUUUUAAAUUCAGUGUAGUAUACUGAGGAUCAGUUGCUCUCUGGCAGAGCUGAGUUACACUGACUGAGUCAAUCAUCAAAUACUUUCUUCAAUUAUAAAUAUUUUCUAUGCCUUUUUGUAUAUUGAUUUCAUUUCAUUAAAACAUUACAUUUAA